GUUGAGUGUCUUCGAAAAGCGGACGUGGCAAAUCAAAGUUAACCAAAAAAAAAAAAAAAAGUGCUCGUAUAUGUGUAACCAAUAUUGAAGAGGCAACAAGCAACAAGCGAUAAAACAACAACAACAAUUACAACCGCUAAACAGGCCGCUGCCUGAAGGCCAAAACCGCUGAAGCAAGCAGAGGACGAAAAUUCGAGCUGCUCUCACGCGCAGCUGUUGGAGACGAAAAGUUCUGCCCAGACCCAGAGCGGCGCUACUUGAGGCGCACCGGCCGUCAAGAUUCCUAUGCCAGCCCGCAAGGGGCUGUUAGCGCCCCAAAAUACAUUCCUGGACACAAUCGCUACACGCUUCGAUGGCACGCAUUCGAAUUUUGUGCUUGGCAAUGCGCAGGCAAAUGGCAAUCCAAUUGUUUAUUGCUCGGAUGGGUUCGUGGACUUGACAGGAUAUUCACGCGCGCAAAUUAUGCAAAAGGGCUGUUCAUGUCAUUUCCUUUACGGGCCGGAUACAAAGGAGGAGCACAAGCAGCAAAUUGAGAAAAGUCUUUCAAAUAAGACGGAACUAAAGUUGGAAGUUAUUUUCUACAAAAAGGAAGGUGCGCCCUUUUGGUGUCUGUUUGACAUUGUGCCCAUUAAAAAUGAGAAGCGCGAGGUGGUGCUCUUCCUGGCCUCCCACAAGGACAUCACGCACACCAAGAUGCUCGAGAUGAAUGUGAACGAGGAGUGUGAUAGCGCUGCACUACUGGGCGCUCGAUUCCGUGCCGGAUCGAAUGCCGGCAUAUUGGGCCUGGGCGGCCUGCCCGGCCUGGGCGGACCGGGCGCCGGUGAUGGCGGCGAUACGGAGGCCGGCGAGGGCAAUAAUUUGGAUGUACCUGCCGGCUGUAAUAUGGGCAGACGUCGCAGUCGUGCGGUUCUAUAUCAGCUAUCUGGACACUACAAGCCCGAGAAGGGCGGUGUCAAAACCAAAUUGAAGCUGGGCAACAACUUUAUGCAUUCAACUGAGGCACCAUUUCCCGAAUACAAAACGCAAUCGAUAAAGAAGUCACGCUUGAUUUUACCCCAUUACGGCGUAUUCAAAGGCAUAUGGGAUUGGGUCAUAUUGGUGGCGACCUUCUAUGUGGCAUUAAUGGUGCCCUACAAUGCCGCAUUUGCCAAAGCGGAUCGACAGACGAUGGUCUCCGAUGUGAUUGUUGAAGCGCUAUUUAUUGUGGAUAUUUUAUUGAAUUUUCGCACAACCUUUGUCUCACGCAAAGGUGAGGUCGUCUCCAAUUCGAAACAGAUUGCCAUCAAUUAUUUCCGUGGCUGGUUUGCCGUCGAUUUAUUGGCUGCCCUGCCCUUUGAUCAUCUGUAUGCCUCCGAUUUGUACGACGGCGAGGAAUCACACAUUCAUCUUGUCAAAUUGACGCGUCUGUUGCGCCUGGCCAGGCUAUUGCAAAAAAUUGAUCGAUAUUCACAGCAUACGGCCAUGAUUCUGACGCUGUUGAUGUUUUCAUUUACACUGGCAGCACACUGGCUCGCCUGCAUCUGGUAUGUCAUCGCUGUGAAGGAGUACGAAUGGUUUCCCGAGAGUAACAUUGUCUUGUUCACAGGUUGGCUGCAGCUGCUGGCCGAGCGUAAAAAUGCCUCCGUUGCCAUACUGACAACGGCCGAAACUUACUCGACAGCCUUGUAUUUCACAUUCACCAGCCUCACCUCUGUGGGCUUUGGCAAUGUGUCGGCGAAUACAACGGCCGAGAAGGUUUUCACCAUUAUAAUGAUGUUGAUUGGCGCUUUGAUGCACGCCGUGGUCUUUGGUAAUGUGACGGCCAUCAUACAGCGCAUGUAUUCACGCCGUUCCCUGUACGAGAGCAAAUGGCGUGAUCUGAAGGAUUUCGUGGCUCUGCAUAAUAUGCCCAAGGAGCUGAAGCAGCGCAUUGAGGACUAUUUUCAAACUUCAUGGUCACUCAGCCAUGGCAUUGAUAUCUACGAGACGCUGCGCGAAUUUCCGGAGGAGCUGCGUGGCGAUGUCUCCAUGCAUCUACAUCGUGAAAUAUUACAGCUGCCGAUAUUUGAGGCUGCCUCACAGGGCUGCUUGAAAUUGUUGUCGCUGCACAUAAAGACGAACUUUUGCGCACCCGGCGAAUACUUGAUACACAAAGGCGAUGCACUCAACAAUAUAUACUAUCUAUGCAAUGGCUCCAUGGAGGUGAUCAAGGACGACAUGGUUGUUGCCAUCUUGGGCAAGGGCGAUCUGGUGGGCUCCGACAUUAAUGUGCAUCUGGUGGCUACCAGCAAUGGCCAGAUGACGGCUACCACCAACAGUGCCGGCCAGGAUGUUGUUGUGCGCAGCAGCAGCGACAUAAAGGCGCUCACCUACUGCGAUCUGAAGUGCAUACACAUGGGCGGUCUGGUGGAGGUGCUGCGUCUGUAUCCGGAAUACCAGCAGCAGUUCGCGAAUGACAUACAGCACGAUCUGACAUUCAAUUUGCGCGAAGGCUACGAGAAUCAAGAAUCGGAUAUUGGGCCCUCAUUUCCACUGCCCAGCAUCAGUGAGGAUGACGAGAAUCGGGAGGAGGGCGAGUGCGGCGACGAGCAGGAUAAGGAGGGCGGUGGCGCUGGCGGUGCGGGCGCUGGGGCUGGUCCCCUGUCGUCGACAUCGUCGCCACAUCACAGCAUCACGCGCUCACCGCUGCUGGGCAUGAAUAGUCCGCGUCAUCAGCGCUUGCAUCAGCGUGGCCGCUCCCUGAUAACGCUGCGGGAGACAAACAAACGCCAGCGUCCCCUCAACAUGGCCAGCAGCUUGGAUCGCAAUUCGUUCGAGGAGCUGGAGCCGCCCAUUGAGGAGGAGUCGGCGGGCACGAAACGCCCCUCGCUGGAGCGCCUUGACUCGCAGGUUUCGACCCUGCAUCAGGAUGUCGCCCAGCUGAGUGUUGAGGUGCGCAAUGCAAUUAGCGCACUGCAGGAAAUGGCGUAUUCAUCCGCUGCCAUCGGCUCGCACGGCGGCUCGCUCAAGUUUCCGCCGGCACGCUCCAUACCCAACAUCAGUGGCGUCGCAGCUGCACGCGGCCUGGGCUUGGGCCUGGGCCUGGGCCUGGGCGCUGGCGAUGCCCAGCUGAUGGACGGGCCGCUGGCCUUGGGCCUGAGCGAGGCAGCGGCCAUGCAGCGCUGUUCGUCGCAUCCGCCGGAGGUCUGGGGCCGCGAAAUGCAGCUGCCGGCCAUGGCAACGGCGCCCAGCUCAAAGGCCGGCUCGCCGGCCAGCGUGGAGGCCGUGCAGAAGACGAGCCGCAGCUGCCAAACCGACUUCUAUCGCAUCGACUUUCCCACCUUUGAGCGCUUUGUGCUCGCCAAUCCGCGGCUGGUCCUCGGUCUGCUGGGCAUUGAGCCGGUCAUUAAGAGCGAAAUCGAAAUGCUGCAGCAGAAGCAAACGUUGCAAAUCUCGCCAUUGAACACCAUUGAUGAGUGCGUCUCGCCGCUGGCCACAGAGCCGGGCUUAGGUGGUUCCAAGGAACGCCUAUUGGGCAGCCAGGCGCCGCUGGCAGCGCCUGGAGCUGGCGGACGCGUUUAUCCGCCGCUGGACGAUGAGAAUUCCAAUGAUUUUCGCUGGACCAUGAAGCAUUCAGCGAGCCAUCAGAGCUGUUGCAAGAGCACCGAUGCGCUGCUAACGCCAGAGGAGCAAUUAGCUGGACAGGAGCAGGAUCACCAGCAGCAGCUACAGCAGCAGCAACAGCAGCAGCGCAGCAUGCGUCGCAGCGGCAGCGGCGGCAGCAACUCCAGCCUCUCGAGCAGCAGCUCCAGCUCCAAUUGCCUGGUCUCGCAGAGCACCGGCAAUCUGACCACCACCAAUGCAUCGGUGCACUGCAGCACCAGCACUCACAGUGUGGCAAACACGCGACGCGCCUCCUGGAAGCUGCAGCACUCGCGCAGCGGCGAAUACCGACGGCUGUCGGAGGCGAAUGCCGAGUACUCGCCGCCAGCCAAAGUGCCAGUGCCGGUGGCCAAUGUGGCGAUGGGCGUGCCAACGGCCAGCGUCACCGGCUACGGCCUCGACGAGGAGGAGAGCGUGGAGCUGCUAGGUCCUAGACGCGGCUCACGCAGCAUCAUGGUCGAUGUGGCCAGCGGCGUCAAUGAGGCAGCCAAUGGAAUGGUUGGCGGCAAACAACGGAAUCGUUUCCUGUUGGGCGUCAAUCAAAGCCAGGGGCAAGGCCAGGGCCAGAGCCAGGGGCAUGCAAUGAAUUUCCGCUUUUCUGCCGGCGAUGCCGACAAAUUGGAGAAGGGCCUACGCGGUUUGCCAUCCACACGUUCGCUGCGCGAUCCCAGCGCCAAGUAAACUCUAAAACUGGCAAACUGAGCUCUGUGUUUUGCCAGCUGCUGGAAAUGGGGGGGUCGGGUUGCGUAUGGAAUAGGUAGCAGGAGCAGGAGGAGCAGGAUUUUUGUGGUAGCCUCAAGGUUGCCAAACGUAGGCAGACGUGUGUGGAUUCGUUUACAUGCAUGCCGACGUGCGUGAUUUAUUUCCUAAUUAAUACUGAAAUACGAAGACGCUUGUACUUUUAAUAUCUAUAAGAUAUCAACAGUAACACACACACACACAUACACACACAUGCAGAGACACACACAUUGAUUAUUAAUUUAUUAUACUGAAAUUUUCGCUUAAUUGGGUUAAUUUGUGCAUAGAGCGUGCUAUCGAAUAUCAAUGAUAUAGACUUUUGGUAGAACGAAAAGAAAGAAGUUUCCAAUUUGUAAAUAUAUGUAUAUUAGAAAUGUUUUCUUAAAGCUUUCACAUAAUUUUCUACAAAGCUUUGACUAGAAGCAUAUGUAUUUUUAAGUACAUGAAACGGCUAUGGGCUUUAAUGUACUUGAUUUUAGUUUCAAUGCAGACAGGCUCACAAAGUUGAGCUUGAAAAGUUCAUUAAAGCUCAAGUACACACCUAUGUAUAUGUAAAUACUCAUAGGUAUUCGAUCAAUUUCGUUUGUAAUCGGAAAGUGCAUUUCAUGGCAUUAUUUUAAAAUAUUUCCAGAUUUCUAUAAGCUUUUAAAGCACAUUAUUGUUAUGAGUAAGCUAUUCGUAUGGAUGCUAAAAGCUUAAGGAAUAUAAAAUUUAAAU